AUGGAAACACAUUCACAUGGCUACCCUCUGUCUACCGUACGCGACCUCUACCUCACGCGGUUGCUGCCAUUCUCGGUGUCUGCAGAGGCCGCACUACAGGGGGAUGUGUACAGCAGCCUGGGCCAGGAAUGUGGGGCAGCUGGAUGCAGUGUCGAUCUCUUUGCAUUCAGUGACUCUUACAUAGAUUUGGCCACCAUUGGCCAAGUACCAAGAUUUUCUGGUGGAGAAAUCUUCAGGUACUCAGAUUUUAAGGCUGAUGUGGAUGGUGAACAACUUAUAGCAGAUAUCAAACAUGUUGUGAGUCGUCCAGUUGUAUUUGUUGCCACUAUGACAGUGCGCACAUCUACAGGUGUUAAGGCAACUGAUUUUUAUGGUAACCUCCUUGUGUCAAACACAGGGAAAUUAUACUUGCCAGCAUUGACUGUGAUAAGAAACAUACCAAUUAGUUUUGCUGUCCUGCUUCAUAUUUGUAAUUCAGACAGUGACAGUGAAAUUCUGUGGAUGUGA